UACAAAGUUAUUCAUCAAGAAAACAAGCUAACUAGUUUCCCACUUCUCACUAAUGACGUCUCCUGUUCUUUUAUUCGGUCUCUUUUUGGCAGCUUGUUCUCUUGCAUUGGCUUCAGACCCGAGUCCUCUCCAGGACUUCUGUGUAGCUGAUCCAGACAGCAAAGUAUUCGUGAAUGGAGUGGUUUGCAAAGAUCCAAAGCGCGUGAAAGCUGACGAUUUUCUCUUUAGAGGGCUCAACCGUAUGGGAAAUACAACCAACGAUGUCGGAUCUAAUGUGACUGCAGUAAACGUAGAACAAUUACCAGGGCUCAACACCUUGGGUAUUUCCAUGGUUCGUAUUGACUUUGCUCCAUGGGGAAUCAAUGCACCACACACGCACCCUCGUGCCACUGAAAUCUUGACUGUCCUUGAAGGCAGACUUCUAGUCGGGUUUGUGACAUCUAACCCAGAAAACCGUCUUUUUACAAAACUACUUCAGAAGGGUGAUGUGUUUGUGUUUCCGGAAGGUCUAAUUCACUUCCAGAAAAAUGUCGGAAAUGGUUUUGCUCUUGCUAUUGCGGCUCUAAGUAGUCAGAACCCAGGUGUCAUUACCAUUGCAAAUGCAGUGUUUGGAUCAAACCCUGAUAUCCCUGCAGAUAUUCUUGCCAAGGCAUUUCAAGUCGACGAAAAGAUAGUUACUCAAAUCCAAUCUAAAUUUUAAUAAUAUUUGU